GACGAAUACCACCUGUGUUUGCACACGACACAUGGAAGUGUGGACAGCAAUCGACUGAUUUCACAUGUUUGACAUGUUUGUCAAACAUGUGAUGGACUGAUGGACUGAUGCCUCCAUCUGUACCCUCUGCGGUUGUCCUUCCAAGAUGUCCAAAUCGCUGUGAGCGUCCUGCAGCCAGUGCGAGAGAGGGACGGCGAGCGGCCCGGAGUCAAGAAACGAGAGAUGGAACAGAAUCUGCAGUGCUUUCCUGGAGAUUUCUCAACGGGCUGCGAGAAAGUCAACAAGCUUCUAUUGUGGAGAAGGAGUCUCAUCCUGCGGCUUCAGCUCCUCCAGCUCCUACUCCGGUGUGUUGCACGCUUCCCGCCCUUCCAGUGCCUUCCUGCCCUGUUCUCUCGAAGCCACGGAUCGCAGCCAAGUGGAGGGAGGAUGCUUCUUGGGGAAGGGACAUUGGUCGAUACAUCGGGGACGGCUAUUUGCCAGAGGAACUGGGGCCGAAGCUACAAGGCCUGGAGCGGAUCGAACAGCUCUUCGUUUUGCAACGGGCCAUGGCGCACCGGAUACGCUACGAAAAGGGCAAAGUCACGGUGAAGCGAGAGCCAGGAAAAUGUGGAUUGAACAAGCCUGUUACCUUCGCUUCCAACAUUUGGAAUCGUGGAUAUGCGAACUGCGCUGGACAUUGUGUGGUUUUUGCUUCGGCCAUGAAAGCCUUAGGGAUUCCCUACUGCGUGGUGACCUUGCGGAGCAAAAUGAAAGGCAAGCCAAAGCAUGCCAUCAUGCAGGUGGGCUUUCCAGAAGAAACUGAUAUCAGGAGAGUGUCAAGAAGAGCCACAGAGCUGUGGGCCCAGUUCUACGGCGACACGGUGCAAGUGAAUGCGUAUCACCGGCAGGUUCGCCUCUACAGCGGCCUCAAGUUCGUUCGGAGCCGGAUGGGAAGUGAAGCUGCCAAGAGAAAGGGCUUGGGACACUGGCUGAUCCUGGACCCCGUGGCGAAGGUUGGUUGCUACCAUCACUUGGUCAAGAACGGCUACAUGACCCAGUCGAAGAAGGCCUUUGGUUUUUCAUCCAAGCCACAAAUCAAGUCGUGGCAAAGGGCUGAAGAUGAAGCCCAUGAAUCCUCAAGUGACAGUGGUUCGGACACUUUAGAUGUUGAUGUCCAGAGUGCCUGAAGUGGAAUUCAUGCCCAGGGCGAAGCUUUGGCAAUCACAAUGCCUGCCUAGCUCUAUGUCUAUGUUUUUUUCUUUUAGAUCCGUGUACAGCUUGUGUCACCAAAGUUUGUCCAAUCUUUUGGCCACUCCAUCUUUGACAUCUAGGUGCCUGAUUGGAAUUGCGUGCGAGGUC